GAUAGGACACGCACACAAUAUGUAUACACAGGAGGAUGAGGAACGGGAGGGCAUGCCGCCCAUCAGCAUUCCCACAUUCGGGAUACCCAACGAACCAGAGCUGCUGGACGUGUAUGAGCUCUACCGCCCAUCGAUGGCCACACGGCGGCUGGUCAGUGAGCAGAAUCGUGAGCUCUACCCAGAGGCCUUCAUCGAACACGAGCGACUGGGCACAUUGGCGGAUUUGUGCGUGCGGGCGCUGGCCAAGAGCCAGGGCACUGUGCACAUUGCAGUACCCGUGCGGGAGGAUCCGCUGAAGCUGCGCAUCCACUACGACUCCAUUGACGUGGAUCUGCCGCUGCAGGAGUGCUACUUCGUGGAGGAUUUGCGUUAUUGGCGGCGCGUGGUGCUGGCCAAGAGCUCGGACAAGUCGCUGGUGCUGAAGAAGCUCUUGGAGUACGACUGGCGGGGCAAGGGGAUCAGUAUCAAGUACGUGGAACUGGUGGAGGCAUGUCCGGCGGCCUUUUGGCCGGAGCAUGAGAUGGCCGCGCUGGCGGCACUCGUUCGGGAACAUGUCCGUACCAUGGACAUCCGCCAUCUGCAGUCCCACACUGAUGAGAGCUUCCAGCAAAAGAUGGAGAGCAGCGGCUCAGAGCCGGAAGUGACGUCGGAGGAAACCGAGGAGCUGUUCAUUUCCAGCGAUGAGCGGAACACCUCAUCACUGUUGUCCGAUGAGCAGGAGGAGGAGUGCUCCGAUGAGCAGUCUGCAGUGGAGAAAGAGGAGCUGCAGCAGUCCGCGUCGAAGCUCAAGCAGCCAAGAAUCAUGUUUAAUGAAAUGCCAUACGACGAGGAGCCAGAGAAGGCUGCGGAAGGACACGCUGAGGCAGGGUCCAUUCAGCAGGAUCGACGCAUGGGGCGUGCUGUCCGCAAUGAAGUGCGCCAGCAGCUGCGGGACAUGCAGGCGGCCAGAAGGGAGCAGCACGAGCAGCGGAUGCGCCGUCGUUCCCUUAUGCGCAAGAAACCCGUUGAGGAGCCGACAAAGAAGCGCCGUAAGAGCCGUAAGACGACCGUGGGAGUCUUCAACAUGAAGGUGGAGGGCGAGAAGGAGGACGUCGAGGAGAAGAUCGUGGACAAGCGCCAAAAGGAGAAGCUGCUGAAGCGCAUCAAACGCUACGACUACCCCGCGGAGCACUGCCACCACAUCGAUCUGAGCUUUGUGCGCUUCUUCGAUAAUCUCGUGUCGUUGAUCCUAGAGUUCCUUGGACCACACAUGGGCCGCGACUACCACAAGCGGCACCUGCGCUUCUCCCUGGAGGAUAUGAUGCGGCUGGCCAGGGGUCUACAGGCACUCGAUAAGCUGCAGAUCUUUCGCCUACGCAACAGCCGCAUGGAUCGAUUCAAGCUGCACACCCUGUGCGGUGGCCUCAAGGACCUGAAAGCUUUGGAAGUUAUUGACUUUGGCUACGACGAGAUAUCCGAUGAAAGUGGUGCCACCUUGGGCACCCUACUGCAGCGGGAGAACAUGCUGAAGGCCCUGGAGCUGGAGUAUAAUCAUUUGGACCUGCAGGCGGCCUCGGCCAUUGGGGCCGCUCUGCUGCAGCAGCACCAGGCUGGAGGGACGACGCACCUGCAGUAUCUCGGACUGGCCCACAAUCGAAUAAGUGACAAGGCGCUGUCCACGCUCGUCCACUACAUCACGGGCACCGAGCAUGUGGCGGAGCUCAAUGUGACGGCCAUUACGGCCCGCAAGGAGGCGGUGGCCGAGAGUCUGGGCUACUUGCUGCGCAACCAUCCGCCACUGCGGCGACUGGACAUAGCAGCCAUUCCGCUGAACGGCGCUGUGGGACGGAGACUUAUCUGCGCCCUGGAGCACAACCAGAAGGUCACGCACUUUGACUGCCGCGGCUGUGAUCUGGACAGCGACGAGGAGUUCGAGGCAGCCAUCAUAGUGAGACGCAAUAGCUUCCAGGGAGAUCAUUCGUACAUAGGGGAUGAGACCAAAACGGAGCAGGACAUACGGGAGCACUUCAAGAGCAUCAAGCACCCGCUGCUGCAGAAGCUCGAGGAUGAAAGGCUACGCCAGUCGGAGUGCCUCAAGGCGCGUCCCUCUCUGAUAAGCACGCCCAGCACGCUAAGUGUCAAGUCCCUGGCGGAGGAAAAGGAGGAGCUCCAAGAGUACGACAUUUGGGCAGAGUUGGGCAUCAAAACGAAAGCAUCUGUCCCCCAAGAGGUGGAGGCUUCCGUGUCCAGCCAUAGCAGAGUGUCGGACCAAGGUCCCUUUUACUUUGAUCCAAAUAGCUUCGACUUGGAGCAGUUCCGGGAGCACAUUGAACAUCCGGGCAUCGGCAAUCGCUAUUACUACUUCAAGAGUCGAAGGCAACAAAGCUGAACAUUCAUUUAGGGAGUGUUAAUUAUUUGUUAGUUAAAUUUGAUCAAAAUCUAAAGUCGUUAGGAGCAGAUCCAAACAAUACAAAAAAAGUUUAUCGUUUAGGCUUCCAUGUGGGACUAUUAAAGUGUAAUGAUAAAAAAUGUUAAAAUGUAGGAAUAUCAGUGGAAUUAUUAGCUGUGUAAAUCCUCUGCAAGGGCAUGCCAUCAUCGGCAUGCCGUUGAUAUGCACCA